AUGGAAGACGAGUCAGUCAAAAUAUGCUUGGAUAAUCUUUUGAAAGACAGAGAAUUGGUGGUCGACUACUUCCAACAUUUACUUGUCGAUAAUAAACCAUCUGAAGUUGAGACGUGGCUUAAGUCAAUAGAUUGCAAAACAUGGAUGAAAGAAUGCAAACGCUUUCCCAAAUUUUUCCAUUGCAUUGUUGCACUCGCACCAAUCAAGUUAGUCCACCUUGUUAUUGUAUUAUUUCCUACCUUCAUCGACAUUAAAAAUGUCAAAGGAUCCACUCCAAUAUUUACUGCUAUGGAGAACAGAAGAGAUGAAACAGUCAAAUUACUAGUGGAGGCGGGAGCAAGUUUAGUUGAAAAAAACGACGAAGGGAAUACACUGUUGCACCUUUUAUCGCAACGCUCAGGUGCAUUUGUGAAUGACAUAGUUACCGAUAUCUUACAAGUCAAUCCUGAACUCAUUAAUACACAAAAUAUCUAUGGAGAAACUCCACUACAUAUUGCAUGUUUAACAGGGAAUACUGAAGUGAUUCAAUUAUAUCUAAAGAAUAAGGUUGAUGUCAAUAGAACGACUGAAUGUGGUCAAAGUGUAUUACAAUAUGCUCUUGAGUCUCCACGAUAUUCUCAAAUUAAAACCCUAAUUGCCCCAUUCCUCGAAGAAAAGAAGGAAAGUAUCUUUUGCACAGAAACAGAAGAAAUGAAAAUGAUUAAAAGUCUGAGUUUUUUAAAAACCACUAAACCACCUAAAAGUUCGAUGUUAAAAAACUCCCAGUCGGACUCAAGUGUUAAACAUACACAAUCCACACACUUCGGGUUUGUGUCACCUCUGAGACUUCUUGGCACCGCGGCGAAGUUGUCUGCGUCGAAAAUCUUUGGGCAGAAGGCUAAAGACCUUUCCUCUGAAAUCGAGCAAUUGAAGAAAGAGGAAAAAAUCAUCACUUUUGUGUUUGAGCCAAAACUUCGGAAACGGGUGAUUGUAGUAAAUGUUAAUAAUAUGAGUAUUGGACAGUUUGCAGAAAUCAUUAAAAACACAACAAAAGUAUUUAAUCAAUUAAUUAAUAAAAGUGAAUCUAUAGUAUGCUGUGUUCAACAAUGUAUCGUACUCAGCUCGAUCUUGACUAAUACCUUUGAUGUACUAUACAAAACUAUUCCUUUAAUUAGUGGCAUCAAUUUUAAUAUGGAGCAACUCCAAAUAGUUUCUGAGGAAAUCUUCGAAAAAACUCAAGUCGUCAAUUUGCCAAGAGAAUUUUAUGUGUGUUGCGAUACGAAAGAGAAAAAUCAAAAGGUCAGUGAUAUCUGCUUAUCGGCUUUUGCUGAGAUUUUCGAACAGAAAAAAAUGACUCAGAUAUCUAAAAACUAUUUGGUCCAGCGUUUUGGGAAAGGUGCGUCGUAUAUCGUUUUGGGAGAACAGAUUGACAAUUUGGAGAAAGAAAGUGGAACUAUUUUAAACGUUACAAUUGAGGGUGGGAAUAUCAAAAGUGAUUUCGAAAAUGUUUUGAAAUGGGUUGAAGUAAAUUGGAGAUAA